AUGUUUUGGUCCCUGAUUAUUUUUAUACUGCAUCCUCACAUAAACAUCCCUGUACUCCAUCCUCACAUAAACAUACCUGUUCUGCAUCCUCACAUAAACAUCCCUGUACUGCAUCCGCACAUAAACAUCCCUGUACUGCACCAUCACAUAAACAUCCCUGUUCUGCAUCCUCACAUAAACAUCCCUGUACUGCAUCCGCACAUAAACAUCCCUGUACUGCACCAUCACAUCAACAUCCCUGUGCUGUAUCCGCACAUAAUCAUCCCUGUGCUGCAUCAUCACAUCAACAUCCCUGUGCUGUAUCCUAACAUUAACAUCCCUGUACUCCAUCCGCACAUAAUCAUCCCUGUGCUGCAUCAUCACAUAAACAUCCCUGUGCUGUAUCCUAACAUUAACAUCCCUGUACUCCAUCCGCACAUCCCUGUACUCCAUCCGCACAUAAUCAUCCCUGUGCUGCAUCCUCACAUAAACAUCCCUGUACUGUAUCCUAACAUAAACAUCCCUGUACUGCAUCCGCACAUAAAGAUCCCUGUACUCUAUCCGCACAUCCCUGUACUCCAUCCGCACAUAAACAUCCCUGUGCUGCAUCCUCACAUAAACAUCCCUGUACUCCAUCCGCGCAUAAACAUCCCUGUACUGCAUCCUCACAUAAACAUCCCUGUGCUGCAUCCGCACAUAAACAUCCCUGUACUCCAUCCGCACAUAAUCAUCCCUGUGCUGCAUCCUCACAUAAACAUCACUGUACUGUAUCCUAACAUUAACAUCCCUGUACUGCAUCCGCACAUAAACAUCCCUGUACUCCAUCCGCACAUAAUCAUCCCUGUGCUGCAUCCUCACAUAAACAUCACUGUACUGUAUCCUAACAUUAACAUCCCUGUACUGCAUCCUCACAGUAUCGGCAUAAUAUCUCCUAAACAUCUAUCUACUAUAUUUACAAUUAACAUAACAUGGCAUAAACAAUCACGUCCAGCAUCACCAUUACCAUCCACCCACUCAUUCUAUAUAUAAUGCAAAUCAAUCCCAAGUCUGCAUCCACUCCCAUUGCCAUCCGUCUUCUGCAUUCAGAAAACAACAUACCAAAACUAUCCUCACAAUUCUUGAAGGUUCGAGAAACCGUGAGCACGUUCAUUUCUAUGUAAAUAUCACUCCUUUCAAACUAAAUAUGUGAGAGAAAAAAAAGAUUUUUGAGAGCAUAUGCCACUGUAUCGAGGAAGCUGCAUUUACUCGCAGAGCGAUUACUCUGAAAGCAUGACAGAUAUAUGCUAACGUGUGCCACAUACGAACGGGUGGGUUGACAUACAUAUAUAUAUAUAUAUAUAUUUAUCAUGUUUCAUGUAUAAUAAGUUCAUCCAACGAAGUCUCAAGAUCUGAAGACAGUCCGAUACCAGUGCAUAUUGUACAACAAAGCCAAUGGAGACCUCAGUGAAACUGAACUUGAAUUGUCUGGUCCAGACUCUCUAUCACCGGAUCGUCUGGUCAACACUCGAUUGUUUACGGGCCGAUGUCGCAUGGCAGGAUGAUUGGCCAAUUCGUAUCGUUAUUCGCCACUGUUUCGAUUUUGCGCCCAAAGGAAUCUGUUUGGGCAGCGUAGACGUGUUAUAUUUAAUGCAUACAUUAACCAUUGAGGUAAACCUACCUCGUUAAAUAAGGAACUAUUCAGCACACGAUUUACAGUAUCAACGUUUAACGCCAUCGUGUGUGUGCAAUAUGUAUAUAUACUCCUGGACAACAUGGAUCAAAGAAUGCGACCACACCUGUGAUUCCAUGUGUUAAUCUUCAUGACAUACAUAGAAAGACUUGUACCGUCCUUUUUCCUAUCGCUGUGUAUACAUUGAGCUAAAUUGUAUUAUUAUGCGAUAUGAAUAACUUAUAUAUUAUAACCAUAUUGUUUUCUACUGUUUACAUGAAUUAUUCUAGGCGGGACCAUGAUCGAUUGUUAUUUUGUCAUAUUUGUAAUUUUUAUACAGAUAUAUUGAUAAAAAUAUAUUUUACUUGAAGCUGUUAAAUAAAACGUUAAAUACUAA